AUGACUCCCGUCCAAUUUGAUAAGGUACUUGAUAUGGUGACAUUGGACAUAACAUUACAAGAUACAAAUUAUCGUCUAUCAAUACCUCCUCGUCAACGGCUAUUUAUUGGCCUGAGGUACUUGGUGACAGGGGAUUCAAUUAAAACAAUUUCAACUAGCUUUAGCGUUGGGCGGUCAACUGUACUGAACAUUAUAAAAUGUGUCAACCAAGCUUUAUGGAAAAAUUUGCAACCAAUUUAUCUAAAAGUCCCAGACAAAGAAAAGUGGAUGGAAAUUGUGAAGGGAUAUGAUGAAAAAUGGAAUUUCCCAAAUUGUUUAGGAGCUAUUGAUGAGAAACACGUCAUGAUACGAGCUCCACCAAACUCAGGAUCACUCUUCUUUAAUUAUAAAAGCUUUUUUAGUGUCGUAUUACUUGCCACCUGCGAUGCUGACUACCGAUUCACCACAGUAGACAUUGGGGGAUACGGAAGACAAAGCGAUGGAGGAAUAUUUAGUUCUUCAGCAUUAGGACGAGCACUGGAUGAAGGUUUAUAG